GUGACCAAGACCAAUGAUGAAAUGGAUGGGUGGUGAUGUUGCAUCCACGAGUCCACAAGUCUGUGAAAACAUUGCACUCCAAAAAUGGCUAACCAGCUCUUCUCUCCACCAAACCAUGGCUUCUUUCAACCACUCUUGGCUCUCUUCUCCACUCACCGAAACUCCCGCUUUCUUUUUUUCUCCAUCUCAACACCCAAAAUCCUUGAAACUCUCACUUUUCCGAACUCGGAGCAACUCGUCCUCACCGGACCGCUCGUCAGAGGUUGAGCUCGAUGUGGAUCCGGUGAAGCUCGCAUUGAAGAAAGCCGAAGCUUAUAAGAAAUCGAAAUCAGAGCAAAAAAAACCAGAGAAAAAUGCCGGCGACGAGGAAUUGCCGCUCUCUGUUAAGGCUGCUAUGCAAAAAGCCAAUGAUUAUAAGAAAAGGAAAGGACUUGGAACUGAUGCUGUCGCAAAAGCUAAACCCAGUAAUACAGAUCAAAGUUUCGUUAGAUUAGCAAAUAAGGUUGUUGAAGAUAAUGAUGUUAAGAAGAAAGAAUUGAAAGUCUCCAGCAUUGAUUUCAUGGGGCUUGGCUUUGCUGAUAAGAAGAGCACGAGGGGGCUUCCAGCGGGACUUGUUCCUGUUGUUGACUAUCUUCCUGAAGGAGACUUACCUGAGGUGGAGUUUAUUGUUGGUGAUAAAACAAGAUUUGCGGAGAAAGUAAAGGAGGUUGAGCAAGAAGGAGAUGGAAACUCUGAUGUGUAUAAACCCAAAGUUUCUACAUGGGGAGUUUUCCCAAGACCUAGCAACAUCUCUAAGACGUUUGGUGGUGGAAGGACACUCCGACCGGGGGAUUCAGUUGAGACCGCUGAAGAGAGGAUUGUGAGAGAAGAAAAGACAAAAAAAUUGCUCAUAGCCUACAAGGAAUCACUCGGACUGAACAUUGAUCCCAAACUCAAACUUGAGUGUGAGAAGGCAAUAGACGAGGGGAACUCGCUUAUGGAUUCUGGGAAACUCAAGGAAGCUUUGCCAUACUAUGAAAAGGUCAUGGAGAAAAUAGUUUUCAAGGUAAUUUCUGCAAAUCUGGUUUAUUAUUCAUCUUAUACUCAUGUCUACGUUUAUGCAUUAGUCUACUCAUACCUUUUCUACAUAUGCCUUACUCGUUUUGACAACAUGAAAACUUGUUUAUUAUCUACGGAUCUACCCAUCAGUAUGUAUGUGGAGCAAAAAUUCAACAAGCUUAUAUAACAGCCAACCACAUAAUCAGUAAAAGUAACUUAAGGACCUGAUUAUUUUGCAUUAAUUAGUUUCUUGCUUUGUUGGGUGUCACUUUAUCGAAAUCUUAAUCGAUUGAUCCACCUAGAUCACCUAAAGUUCUUAUGUUCGCUGUAGUAGAUGUGACCUUAACUAGUUCCGAGUUUAGUUGUGCAGAGUGAGCUUCAUGGACUAGCGGCUUUGCAGUGGUCUAUUUGUCAGGAUUCACUUCGAAAGUAAGUUUUUCUCUCCUAAUUUCGCUUGAUGCAACUACAGGAUGACAAGUAUUUCUUCAUGAGUAUAUAUUUGUAUUUGUAAACCGUAGUCCCAAAACUCUAUCAAGCUCCAAAAGUCCCCAAAGAAAAACACAAAAUACUAGUUUAUACCUACCAAGGUGAUGCCUCAUUCGUGAAUGUUCUAAAAUAUCCUCAAAAGUAGUCUUGUUGAGUAUUGGCCUUAUGGGAUCUUGUGCGUUAAAAUCGUAUUUUGGGAGUGAUUGACAGGACAGACAAAGCAAGGCGCAUGUAUGAGAAGCUUAUUUCCCAUCCAAACCCGGGAGUGAGCAAGAAAGCGAGGCAGUUCAUGUUCAGUUUUCAGGCAAUGGAGAUGCUGAAGGUUAAGGGGUCGAGCUUUGCUGAAGGAAACACUGGUUAUCAGGACUACUUUGAAGCCUUUGUUGAAGAUAAAACGAAUUACAAAGCGCAGGAGGAAAAAGAAGGAGAGGAAAUGGGGAUAAAUGAGACACUCCUAUAUGUGAUUCUUCUUGCUUCUCCGAUUCUAAUGGUCUUCAUUGUAGCUGCACAGAGAGGGUAUACACACUGAAGACACAAAUUCUUGUCAAUUUCUUACAUGUAAGUGUUGUAUAUAUUAUGAAUUAAUUCAUUUUAUUACAGUUAAGGAUUAAUAACACAAAGCUUCUUUUAUUAAUUGAAAGAACAUAACAGAAUCAGAGAAUCAAACACCAAAGAGAAUAAAUAAACAAAGCUAGUUGAUCCUAGUUUCUUCUACCUUUGGAUGAGUCUGAUACUUCAUCUCUAUAGAUACUAAAACAUAAAACAAACCCCACUAGGAAAUGAUUGAAUAAAGAAAUUGAAAUCCAUCUUUAAAACUUGGAAUCCCCAAGUUGACUCAAAAGUCUUAACCACACUUUACACAUUUCAUUCCGUGUAGCAAAUAGUAACGGCUUGUGCAAUGCUAAACCCUGAGGAGUCAUAAGAUUUGAUCAUCCAUGGCCACACCACAUGUCACAAAUCUUGACUACUUCUUGGUCUGACCCUGACCAGCUGCCGAGCCACCUUUACCUCCUCCCGCAGAACCAGCAGCUCCACCAGCAUUAACCAUUGUAACUUUAAACCUUUCAUGUCUUAGAUCUGAUGGACCCAAAUUAACCCCUUUCGAAGUGAAACGUGGCGAACCAGCACUGAGACUCCUCCGCAUAGUCAUUGACUUUGUAGGAGGACGAGAAUCUUGUUUAAUUUGGGACACAGCGUCUCCGAUUUUGUUGAAGAAACCAAGAAACUCGUCUUUAGCUGCACCUGGAAACAUCUUUUUAAGCAGCUGAAGUUGUCCCACGUAAAGCUCUCUCAUAUACUCUAAUACCAUCAGUACUCUCAUGUCCAUCCUUGAUCCCUCAUCCUCAUCACCAUCACCAUCACCAUCAUAUUCAACAUCAUCAUUUUGUUCGUCAUAAACUCUGUGGUAGCUAUCUCCCAUGUCGCUGUACUGUCUCUUCAUACUCCCACUUCUCAACCUUUUAGAUUCAGGGUCGUCAAACAAUCCAAAGAAGAGACUGUUCUUGCAAUUGUUGUCUUCGUCCUUUGUGGAUUGGUGAUUCUGAGAAUUGAUGUUAAGAUGUUUCUUCCCCAUAGACAUAAUUUUCACAAUCACAACAGCAAGAAAGAAGUUGGCCAAAUCUUUUGAGCAGGGUAUCUUUUGUUUCUUUUGUUUUGUAUUGUUUAGAGUAUGUUUCAAGAUCUGAAGAAGGAAGCAAAAAUAUGUUUAGAUAUAAAAAGAAAUGAAGAUUUGGAAGCAAAAUAAUGGGGAGAAAGAUAAGAUUUUUUGCUUGUUCCCGACUUG